CAGCAUCGUGCUGGUAGUAGCCUACAGUCAAGUGUGUACCUUCGCACCUCGAUCUGCUGCCGCCCAUAACCUUCGCCUUACGAGGUCAAGCUUGACCAUCGCACCCACCUGCGAGAAAGCGCUCUACACUUUACUGCUCUAGGUCAGGUACGCCGUUGUUGUUGGCUUCGCUCACCCAUACACCCAGCAAAGACUCGAGACCCUUGACACAACCCAAGCUACUCUUGCCGUUCUUUGGCUUGACAGAAAGAGCGCAUCGAAGUUGAGGUGCUGUCCGCGCAUUCCAGUGUUCUGUGACAGCCACAUAUAACGUCGCCCGGCGCAACAGCGAUCGUCAUCAUGGAUUACCAAAACCGCGCGGGCAACAAGGGAGCCGGUGUGGCGGGGGCGAGCGAGGCCAAUGUGGACCGAAGAGAGCGAUUGCGAAAGCUUGCGCUGGAGACGAUCGACAUCAACAAGGAUCCCUACAUCUUGCGGAACCACUUGGGAUCUUUGGAAUGCCGACUUUGUCUCACGCUGCACACCAACGAAGGCUCUUACUUGGCCCACACGCAGGGAAAAAAGCAUCAGACCAACCUGGCACGAAGAGCAGCGAGGGAAGCUGCUCAGCAACAAACAUUUGCCGAUGCUCAAAGACUCAUCACUGGACCUAAUGCGAAUGCGGUAGAGAAGAAGAGGUUCAUCAAGAUCGGCAGGCCAGGUUAUAAGAUCACCAAGGUCAGGGAACCGGUGCUGAGCGGAAGUAAUGAGGAAGAAGGUGAAGAGGAGGUAGGAGGAAGGUUGGGUCUACUUUUUCAGAUCCAUCUCCCAGAGAUCAAGGGAGAUGUGAAACCUCUGUACCGAUUCAUGAGCUCCUUCGAGCAACGAGUGGAACCUCAAAAUCGCGCGUGGCAGUACCUCGUCGUGGCCGCAGAGCCGUACGAGACCAUCUCUUUCAAAUUGCAGGCCAGGGAAGUCGAUAAUUCGUACGGAGUGGUCUACUCGUCCAUGGCAGGUGCGAAACCGAAAGAUGAACCUGCUACAUGGAGUCAUUGGGAUCCCGAUGUCAAGACGUACACCAUUCAGGUACUCUUUCGCUGAACAUGCCAUAGCUAAACGUCUCUAGUCCCUGUUGGCUUGUUCAAGCACCGCUAUACUCUAUCGACUUUCAUGUAUUUUUGUCACCACGACGUCCCGCAGCCUGGCAUGAGGGCCACCCGAAACGGUUCACAUUUCAAACAGCAUCUGCUCGCACAAUGGCGCAGCGUCAAAUCAAUGCGAGCUCAGCAACGCCAAAUGUGUAUUGAAAGGGCC